UGUGCGCAUUUCCGACUGUCCUUGAAGGCAGCAGAGGCCGGAGCGUUACGCACAGAGCUGCAGUCAAGUACAUGCACACAGUGGAUGCCAGGGCUUCUCAGGACUCACAACGCUUUGAGAGCCUGUUUGUAAGCUUGAAGUGAAACCUGAACAGACCUGAGAGUGGAUCUAUCAUGACUGCGAGGAUGCAGGGAGCCAAACCAGCGCCAAAGAGCCACGCAACAGAGACGACAAGGAGGGUCAGGAGAGCUCUGUGGCUGGUACUGGGCAUGCUCAGUCUGUCUCUGCUGCUGGUGGUGCUGGGAGUCUACACGACGACCCGGACAGAGAGCCUGAAUGUUACUGGUUACAUCUCUGGAGUUAUUCUGACCCUUGGAUCCUUCCUGGGACUUCUGGGACUCUGCCUGGAAGAGAACCGCAAGCAGCUGCUGACGGCUGCGAUCGUAUUCCUCAGCUUCGGGAUCAUCACCUCUUUUCUGUGCCUGGUGAUUGAUGGCGUCUGUAUUGUCUUUAACAUGGACAUGCGUCCACUGAAAGCAAAGAGGUGCCAGUACUACAGCAGCGGCGGCAGCUACAUCUAUGAGAACUUCUACACCUCUGUGUCGUGUUGGAGUCCCAAGGAGUCUUGUAGCAUGACAGUGCGAAGUGGGACCUGCUACUGCUGCGACCUCUACGACUGCGCCAACGGAGGCUACCUCAGCAACUACUAUGAGUACGUCGGAGUGCGAAGCUGUGAGGAAGUUUUCACUCUGUACAUUUUGAUUUGGACCCUCAGUGGCCUGAACCUCGUGGCCUUCUUCACAGGCAUCCUCACUACAGCGGUGCUGGGCAGCAUCAAGGACCUGAGGAGUAGGAGCCCUGCGACCAAGCCCCCUGAGAGCGCAGCAUCUUCCUCCCCGACAGCUCCUCUGCUGAUGGACGCCAACACACACACAGUUCACCAGCUCCACCCAGGAGCCUCGAUGUAUUUCCCUACAGCAGAGGGAACGGCUGCCUCACAGAGUUUUCCUUCAUCAUCGACUCCUCACACCGAGUCCAACCCUCCUCCCUUCGUCCCGCUGACCAGCCUGCUGCCUUACAGGGUCCACGGCAUCCGGGCAUGAACACCAGCAAAAAA